GUUUCCGCUAGUUACUUGAUUUUUUUCGCGGUAUAUGUUGUUAACAAAAAUGGUGAAUGAACAAGAAUUAAUUGACCAAUUUAAAAUUGGUCUUGCAAUUAGUUUGGAUAAACAAGUUCUGGAUAAAUGUGUAAAUUUAUGUUCAAAAUAUGGUAUAAGUGAAGAAGAUUUUGUCAAUGAUUGGAUUGCAUUUUCAUUAUCCAAUUCUCUUGAUUCGGAACCUACUGUUAAUGCCCUACAAUUAUUAGAACGUAAACAAUUAUCGAGUACAUUGUCUCAUACACCGGCAAAAAAAAUUGAAUCAAAAAUAUAUUCACCAAAAGUGCAAAAAAUUACAUCUUCUGACGAUAUUGUUCAAUCAUAUUUACAAAAUAAAACACCACAGAGAAAUGUUGAAACAAUUAAUAAACGACAGUUGGCGUCACCUCAAGAAGAUACUACAAAAAGACGGCAAAUAUCAAACUUGAAUCAAUCUCAAUUUGGCUCCGUUUCAUUUAAUUCUGAUGCAUCCGAACCUUCAACAAAAUACAAUGAACGUACCGAUUCAGAAGCAGUACAAAUAUCUUUUGGUGAUGAAGAAAUGUUGAAGAAGGCCUCGUGGAAAGGUAAAAGUGUGCUGGAUGUGAAUAUCAAAUUAUUAAAACAGUUAGACAGUUAUAAAUAUAUGCGAUCUCAUGUCGGAGCGAAUAUUGACGUGGAAGUCAAAACAACCAAUCGAUUAGUAUUUCAAAUUAUGAUGAAAAAUGAAUUGACUUGUACAAAUAGAAUUGAUGAAGUUUUAGUGGAUGAAAGUAUUUUUUGUGGUCGCUUAAGAAAGGCGAUUGGUGAAUCCGAUGAAAAGGUAGACUUAGAAAGUCAUAAGCGUGGUAGUUCUUACGGAAAACGAAUGAGUUUGAAUUUUAAAAAUUUACAAGAAUACUGUUUAUAUCCCGGACAAGUUGUAUGCUUUAGUGGUAUAAAUCCUAGUGGAAGAAAAAUAUUACCAACGAAAUGCUUUACAGAUGCUCCUCCACCACUUCCAGAUACAAAAUUAACAUUCAAUGAAGGUUCUUCAUUACAAAUUGUAAUUGCUUCUGGCCCUUACACUCUAAACGAUAACAUUGAAUAUGAGCCGUUAAAUGAUUUUGUUAAUUAUAUUGUUCGAAAUAAACCAGACGUAGUAAUCAUGACUGGACCGUUUGUUGACGAGGAACAUGAACGAAUUGCUGAUGGAAUGCUUGCUGAAACUUUUAAUGAAUUAUUUGAACGACUUAUUGCUGGAAUUAUGGAACCUUUAGCCCAAUUACAAACACAUGUUAUACUUAUACCAUCGUACCAAGAUGCACAUCACUCACCCGUGUAUCCUACUCCACCCUACAAAUUGAGACAACAUUAUCCACGACUUCAUUUAUGUCCAGAUCCAUGUCAAGUAAAUAUAAAUGGUUUAAUAGUGGCAGCAACAUCAGUCGAUGUUAUAAAACAUAUUAGCAGUAUAGAACUUUGUAAACCAAUGACUAGUGAUCGAAUAAAACGUGUGGCGACACAUUUACUAUCGCAACGAUCCAUUUAUCCUCUAUCACGUGAAACAAGUCAGGUUCCAUUAGAUUCUGAAUUAUGGAAACAACUUACACAUUUAGAUGUUGUACCUCAUUUAAUGAUUUUACCGUCGAAACUUAAGUAUUUUAUAAAGGAUAUUGGCGAAUGUAUCAUCAUAAAUCCUGAAAUAUUAGGCAAAGGCACAAAAGGUGGAACUUUUGGAAGGAUUGAAAUUUUAAAUAAAAAUAAUUCAAUUACCAGUAAUAUUUUAGGUCAAAUAAUUAAAAUUUAAUAAAAAUAUCGUGACGAUUUGUUAAAUAUAAUUUGUUUUUUGUUUUUUUAUUUAAUAAUACAACAAUAUUUACAUAAUAAUUUAAUAAAAAAAAUACCUUUUUUAUCGAUUUGGUGUUGAUGUUGUAGUCGGCGC